AUGGCUCAGCCGCACUCCUCCCUUCUCGACCCGUCCAUCUUCGCCAGCCUCGAGACUAAGCUCGAGGAGGAGACGCACAUUCGCGACGCCCUCGGCCAGAUCCUGCAGCGCCUCGAGCGCUCCGUCGGCGCCGCCCAGGGCCUGCUCACAAAGGUGCACUCGACGCCUCGCGACAGCUAUCCCCAAUUGGUCACCCAGCUCGAGGCCGCCGUCAAGGAUGAGGCCGUCAUCGUAUCGGAGCUCGACGAGCUCGCCUCCAAGCACCCCUACUACAAGUACAACUCCCGCUGGUCACGCACCAUGCAAAACGCCAUCGGCACCGUGCUCUACACCGCCUGGCUCGGCGGCUUCCCCCACCUCACCUCCCCAUCCUCCACCUCCGCCACUGUCGGCCAGCUGCUCACCCUCGAGCAGGUCGGCGCCGUCUUCGCCGUGCCCGUCAACAUCAAGGACCGCGACGCCUUCCACCUCACCAUCGAGGAGUACCUGCUCGCCCUCACCGACCUCACCCAGGAGCUCUCCCGCCUCGCCACCAACGCCGUCACCCUCGGCGACUUUGCGCUGCCCCUGACCGUCAGCGCCUUCCUCAAGGACCUCUUCGCCGGCUUCCAGCUGCUCAACCUCAAGAACGACAUCCUGCGCAAGAGGGCCGACGCGGUCAAGUACGACGUCAAGAGGGUCGAGGACGUCGUCUACGACUUGAGCCUGCGCGGCCUCGUCCCCAGACCGGGCGCCCCCGCGGCCGACGCGGAGAUGAAGUCGGAGUGA